AUGACGCCGGUGGCCGUCUUGAGCCGGGCGGUCCUGUUCGGGCUCAACAACACGCGCCUCGUCAAGGACGAGCGGCACGCGCGGCUGGUGGAUCUCGUGCGCGACAGACCAGAGGGAGAACCGCUCUUGACGGUGGCGAACCACGCGUCGACGCUGGACGACCCCGCGGUGAUGGCGGUGCUGCUGCCCUGGGAUAUCGUGGUCCGGCCGAGGCUGAUGCGGUGGUCGGUCUGCAGCCAGGAGAUCUGCUUCGAGACGAGGGCGAUCGCUUCGUUUUUCGGCGCUGGAAAGGUCCUGCCCAUCGAGCGCGGUGGCGGGGUAGACCAGAAGCUGCUCUUGAACUUUUCGCGAAAGCUCGCGGCAGGGGGGUGGUGCCACAUAUUCCCAGAGGGAAAAACCGUCCAGACGGGGACAAUAGGGGGAAGGUCUCCGCCUGCCUCGAGCGACCUGGGCCGACUCAAGUGGGGGGUGGGGAGGAUGAUCGCGCACGCCCCGCGAACGCCGCGGGUGGUGCCCUUCUUCCACACGGGGAUGCAGAACCUGGUGGCGGAGGACCCCGCGACGAAGGAUGUAUUGCCGAGACAACCCCAGUUCUUGAACGACAUAACAGUUAGGGUGGGCGACGCGAUAGAAGUGGAAGACCUCCUCGCUCAGCACGAGGACGAGCACGGACCGCUGUGGAAGUACUCCGCGGCCGUCGCGCAAGGGGGCGCCGACGAUGAGCGCAAGUGGGCGUCUUGUUCCGCCGCGGACAAGCAGUUGUACAGCGCCAUCACGCGAAGGGUAGAGGCGGCGCUGCACGCGCUGGAGGCUGAGGCAAGGUUGGAGCUCGGGGACGCCUACCCGACAAUUCCCAGUGUCGUAGCCAGCGGGGACUACCUGGCCCUGCUUGGGGAGCAGUAG